GACCACGGUCUGCAUCUUAUUCGCGAGAAAUACGUUAAAAUUCUAGACAUACUUGGAAAGAUUAGACAAAUGAACAACGAUGAAGCCCAAAGGCAGUCUAUAGUUGACCAACUGAAGGGACUAUUUGCCUCUGAAGAAGACCUUAAAGUAGUCCUUUCCACUAUCGAGAAUAGAGAGCCAAUUGCAGCUGAAAAAAGCAUGCAGAAGUACGUGAUUAGUGCAGUGCACUAUAUGGCAAACAGCACAGACCUCUUGGGCGGAACAGGCGAGCCAAAGACCCUAAAACUUAGGAAAAAUCGGAGUGAUUUUGUAAGCGACUUCACAGCACUUAAUGAAAAAUUAGAGAAAAAAGUGAGCGCAGAAAUUACUAGAUUAGAAGCAGAAGAAGGAGCAUCAGAAGCAGAAACAAAAUCACUGGAGCAGAAGAUAAAAAAAGAAAAAUCACAAUACGAAAACAUUCUUUUUCUUCAAAAAAACUUGCGCUCUUUAAAUGACUUAAGCCAAGUCCAGGUAGACUACUUGCACAAGAAAAUGGAAGAAUCUUUGGAAGCAGAGAAUGCGAGAAUAAAAGGACAGCUAUUCUCAGCACCUACAAAAAGAAAGAUAGUUUCAGCCCUAAAGAUUGUAGUGUUUGUGUCUCUAGUUGUUCUUCUUAUAGUACUAACAGUAGUCCUUGGCUACAAAAUAGAGAACAGAAUGAAAAGCACCAACAACUAA